AUGCCCUUGGCUCAAUCCUUCGCCCUCGACUACGUGUCGGCGUUUGCAUUCGGGCUGUCUCUUGGCCACGACUUCCUCAAAGAUCGUAUCGCCUACAAUCAGUGGUUUGCUUUGAACAACGACUGCUACCCGGGUGGUUUCCUCGGCUACCUCCUCAAGGAGCACCCGCGACUCGUGGAAUUUGCUCGUCGGCUAGGUGUGCCGAUCCUGUCUAAGACCUAUGUCAAUGCUCGUCGGGAGCUGGAGACAUGGGCGCUCCGGAGAGUUGAUGCUGCCGAAGACCUGCUACAGUCCCGUAUGCAAGGUUCAGAGCCUGCACCGGGUGACCUGCCCGUGUUGUACGAUGCCGUCAGGACAGCUAUGGCACAGCAGAGCGGUGUCAAGAAUGCUGAUUUUGUACCAUCGGCGACUCAGAGGCUUGAACUGGCCAGCGAGUGUCUGGAUCACAUCACCUCAUCGGGAGAAACGUUUGGUACUACCUUCACCUAUAUGCUAUGGGAGCUUUCCCGACACCCGGAUAUUCAAGCUGCGCUUCAUGUCGAGCUCUCGUCUCUCAAGCAGCCUCUCAGCGAAAGCAAUUUGCCCGAAUCGCGGGAUCUUGAGCAGCUAGAGUUGCUCAACGGCAUCAUCAAGGAAAGUCUGCGUCUGCGGAACACGGCGCCCGGUCUGGACCCGCGCGUAAGUCCUGCGCACGUCACAAGCAAGUUCGGCAAGAUCGAUGAACUCCCCAGCCACACGCGAGUCGGGACCUACGGCAGACAUCUCAACCGCAACCCAGAUGUUUACCUGGAUCCUGAAGUUUGGAGCCCGUACCGCUGGGUGUCCAAGGAGCCUAAGGACUUGGCCGCGAUGAACAGGUGGUUCUAUGCUUUUGGUUCAGGGCAGCGAGGAUGCAUUGGGCAACCCAUUGCCAUGGAAUUACUGCGCAUGGGGAUCGCAUCCAUCUAUACCAGCUUCAAGACAAGCGUGGCGGACGAGACGGAGUAUCCAGGUACCGAAUGUAUGAGCGCCGCAUGCACAGAGACGUUGUUGCUGCGCUUUGAGAAAGUGCCUUCGGAGCCAUGA